AUGGCGGUGUACCAAGUAGCAAAUAAGCAGGAUGCAUUCACCGCUAAGGUAACUGAUAGAAAAGCAGACGUCGUCAUGGCUGCUUGGAAUGCAGCAGAGGCGCUCGAGAGCACCGAUUACAUGGUCGCACUUGGGUUUCUUACAGGUGUUCUUUCCCACCAGCUGAAGAAGCACGUCAUUGAUGGUAACCGCACCAUCAUUUGUGCUGAGACGCCUGAAGAGAAGGUGGAAGAGUUUGAGUUCGAGCUGAACGAAGUCUACAGCAUCGAUAUUGUAAUGUCGACUGGCGAAGGCCGGGGCAAAGAGACGGAGAUCAGAAAUACUAUUUACAAAAGAGCAGUGGAGAACAUGUACAGCCUGAAAACUCAAAAAGCAAGACAGUUCAUCUCUGAGGUGCAGAAGCGGUUCCCCGUGUUGCCAUUCACUCUGCGUGCCAUUGAAGACGAGCAGGUGGCCAGAGUUGGUGUCUCGGAGGCCAGACGCCAUGAGCUCUUAGAUGAGUAUCCGGUCUUGAAGGAGGCAAACAACGAGUUUGUAGCCCAAUUCAAGUUCACACUGCUGCUUCUUCCUGGUGGCACCAAGAAGAUCACGGGCUUGCCUUUGGGAUCCUUGCAGGAGCAGGCCGCCUCGAGCUUGUCAGUCGUCGACGAAGAAAUGAAGAAGCUACUCGCGACAUCAGCAAACCCGAAGAAGGCCAAGAAGAAGAAGGACAAAGGCUAUCCGGGCGAAGGGGAAGGAGCAGCUGCUGAGUAG